AUGCAACCAACGACAUCCGCUCAUUCCGAUGCCGGAGCAUCUGCCCUCGCUACCACGCGCGGCUUUGAUACGCCAAGUCGAGACGCAUCAGCCCCAACAAUAGGCUUCUCGAUGCCUCCUAGCGAUAGUAACGCUUCCAUCUGGACCACAGCUUCUGCCUCUGAAUCAGGGUCUGGCCCGCAAAGCAAACGCGCUUCCAUGAUCGGUUUCGACAUCGAUGCUAUGCGUAGCGUUCAACCCGCACACGAGGCCGCGUCUUCGAAGCACACUAUUCCUUCUCUGCAGCAGCCACCUCGCAUCGGAGUGCAGGCACCCAGCUACGAUAGCGAUGGCUCUCACUACGACGAGGAUGAGAUGCCUGGUGCCUUUUCGCACAGCGCUUACGACCGGUCAGCCGACAGGACCAUCGAGGCUCCCGUUUUGCAAAACAGUGGUACUGGUGCAGCUGCAGGAGCUGACGAACCUGACGAAGAAGAGGUGUUUUCCAACGCCCUGCCCUCUCCACCUGUUCCAAGGCGUACGAGCAGCGUCAUCCAGGAUGGCUCCACCAUCUCUCCCAGCCCUUCACUGUCAGAAAGCAUCGCCACAGCAAGGUCGAGACAUGCAGCCUCCCGGUCGAGCUUGGGUCAACCUGUCUCGGACCAGAUCCCGCAACGACAUAGCAGCGCCGACUUUGGAGGGGACCACGCUCGCACCGGUUCUGCCGCUACAUCAUCGCGCGUCUCACGAGAAGAUGCGCCUGGUCGUCUUGAUUUGAGUGACUCGACAUCUCAGACAGCUCCUAUCAAAGGCGCCGCACUUCAAGCUGUAGACGAGAUCGCAUCGACGGACAGGGAAAGUGCUGGAAGACGUUCGCACGAACCAAGUCUCGAUGAACAGAAGCGGAUAGAGCAAGAGCUGCUCGCCGAGGCGGAUGAGUCUCGUCCGCGCACACUCAAGGAAGCCAGAGAGCGCGCGAGGCUGCGCAAGCAGCAAGGCGAGGCGGCGUCGCCUCCAUCAGCUUCUGCCACCAUUCAGCAGCCUGCAAGUGCAACGAGCAGUCCGAGAAAGGGUGCUUCUCUGCACAUGCGAGACGUUGCUUCCUCGGCAACGGCUGUGGCUGCCGAAGAAAGCGGUGCUCGUACCAGUGUCGAUUCGAGAGAUCGUCCGAUGCGCAAUCCGCGACGUAUGUCGCAGCGUGAAGCGGUGCUACCUAGCGAUCGUGCGUCUCUUUCGGAGCGAUCGGCACCUUCCGACUAUUCACACGAUUCCGGGCUGGAGGGUGCUUUUACUUACGACGAACCAGCGGCGUCAUCAUCUCAUCAACACCUGGCUGCACCUGCUGCGAAUGCGGAUCAACCAGCUACGAGUAUAGAGGAUCUCACGGACGCCGUGGACGACGCUAUGAACGAUCUCAGCUUUGGAGAUGAGACGCUAUCGGCGGAUGACGAAUUUGCAACCCCUAUGCCGCCUGCCAAAGCGCAGGAAGAAGCACGACCGCAGUUGCCGACAUCACUGCCUUCGGCAAAGAGCUUGGCUAGCAUUACAGGUGCCGGUCCGGAGGCUGUCAGGUCGAGUCCUUUGCCGUCGCCGGCGAGAUACGCACCGCAGACACCGACGAAGGGGCAUUUCUUGCCCGCAAUCCAUUCGAAUCAGUCGCUCGCGACACCCCCUCUUGGGUCUCCUGUUCACCCACGUUCUGCGCAAUCAGGGUACACGCCGCAGCGUUCUGCCACCGCGCCACCCAGCCGGAUCGAAGUGUACGGUAAAACGAUACCCAUGCCAAAAUCCUUCAACAGCAGCAGCAUCAACAGCGACAAGAGGCGACAGUCUUCCUGGGAUCGCGCUCGAACUUACGCGCAGUUCACAAACGAGCUGCUGCACCUGGAGACCCGGCUGAGCCUGUGGAUGCAGGUGGUGCAACGUCCUGCACAGCAUCAGCAGACCAGUCGUCCGAUCAAGCAAGGGGACGAGUGGAUGGCCCAGGGUACGCUGCCGAGGUCGAUGCAUGUGAGGAACGAGGGAUCGUAUGCGGACUCGAUACGUUCGGACAUGACUUUCCCGAUGCGAGGGGAUGGGGCUAAGGCGAAGGAGAUCGUCAGCGUCAUGCCGACGAUGGCGGAGAGUCCGGUGAAGGAGGUCGUUGCUCUGCCGUAUCCAGGGGUCGUGCAGAAUCAGGGACAGCAGCAGCAGCCGAGGUCGAACUCGAUCGUUUCGUUUGCAUCCAUCCCCGCCUCCGCGACGGCUGAGACGUUGACCGCGUCGAGGAGCGCCGGAAUGGGAGGCAAUCGCCUCUUUGGAGGAUUGGGGAGGAGGGGAAGUAAGAAGACGCAGCCGCCGGCAGCGGUGCCAGCAUCGCUUACGUCGGCUGCUGCUGCGGCCGGUGGGUCGAGGGCGUAUUUGGCAAACAGUCGCAACCGUGGGGUUUCACCGGGUGGUGUAGUGGGGAGCAUGCCGGGAGCAAGGCCUAGUACGGAUACGUUUGAGACGAGUCACUCGACUCAGAGUCAGGAGAGCCCAGCGACGAGUGCGGUGGGGCUAGGGCUGGCUGCGGGUGCAGGUGCGGGUGCAACAGGUGCGGAGAGUUCGUUGGCUGCGCCGCUUCGAGACGCCAAAUCAGCCUCGUCGCCGUUAGCCGCGCCAACGACCACAACCCAUCGAGCACCGAUGGGACCACGCGCGCCGAACGCGAUGGCUCGAACCGGGUCCGCUCAGAGCGUCACACCCAUCGCAGCACCCCCCACCCCCAUCACACCCAUCACGCCCAUCACACCUCUCACGGGAGGUUUCGGUUCCGGCCCCACCUUCGUCUCACGCCUGGGAGGCGGCAGUUUCAGCAGCGGCUCUCAUUCCACCCAACACGCCACCGGACCACGAUCUCCUAUCCCGGACUACCCCUCCCCCGACCUGCUGAGCGCCCCAAAUCGACGAGCAAGCGACGUCUCUGCUGCCUCUCCAACCACGAGCUCAAAUCACGAUUCCUCGCAUCCCACCUCCUCCACUUCACCGAGGCUCUCCGGUAACGCAGGUCUGAGAUCGAGUCUUUCGUACACAAGUGUUCGGGAUAGGAUACGAAGAGGCUCAUCGACGGACGUGGAGGAGGAUGCAGGGUUCAGGGAAGCAUUGGUCAAGUUGGGCGAUAUACUGCCCGAUGCGGACGAGACGACGUUGAGGUGGUAUCUGAAGAGGGCAAAGGGGAACGAUUUGGCGGCGAUCGGUGAUUAUCUGCAGGAUCAGAGCUUGGGCAAGUUGCCACGAUUCUGA